CUUUGACUUGGGCUUGCUGCCUGCCCCUGUGCCCUCAGGCAAAUCCUAGGCCAAGUACAACGCAAAUGCCUUUGGCCGCUGCCUGCGUGCACUGUAAGGGCACACAUAACCAGUACAGUGCCUAUCUCAUGACAUGUUCGCAAUGUAGGACAUCCUACCACCACACAUGCCACCAACCUCCUCUCACCCAAGAUAACCUGACAAGCAUACUCAGCGCCACGUUUCGUGAUAUCCCAGACCUCGAAAACAGCCUACUGUCGUGGAAGUGCGGUCGCUGCACAGGAACCAAGGCGGCGACUUCCAGGGCAUCAACAACGACGACAGACCAGAGACCAGCUAAACGAGUGGCAUCUGUCGACGUGUCAGUCGAGGUCAUCUCGAUAUCCAGUGACAGCGAGCCAGAGGAUGCCCCGGGUCCAUCUCGAGGAGCCCGUCGUUGGUCAUCCCCCAUUGAAAUAAUCGAUUCGUCCCCCCAGAAGCGCCCACACCCCGCCCUGCCUUUUGCUGAUUCAAUAUCGGCUGUCAGAACGCGUUCACCCGUCGAUGACCCUAUGGAUAUCGACGAGGAGCCCCACAUCGCGCCAGUUCCAGAUGUGAAGCCCGACAUUGCGACCACCUGGUUGCGGGACAUUUUCUAUAAAGACCUGAAUGACGAUCCUUGGGAACGGAGGAAAGAUAGGCUGAAUCACAGGUCACGGAAAAUUAGAGUAGUAGCAAAGUGUCAGAGACCCGUCGAUUCGUUUUACCUCUAUACAAAGGAAUGGAAGCCAAAGAUUCCUUGACGUUGUUUAUAAUAAAUAUUGAAGGUAGAACUUGAACUUGC